CGGACAGGUGCCGCGUCCCACAGAUAUCCAUUGGAACCGAGAGCUCUGCAUGUGUGACUCAGCAGGGCUUUUCGAAGAGUUGUUUAUUUCAUGUCGCAAAAAUAGGAAUAGAGCUCGCUAUGUACUGCAAAGGAGUAAAUGUGUGUAAUUCUACUAGAAGUUAACCGUGAAGACCCCCCCGUGAAGAUUUAACUCGGAAGCCCGCGCGGCGUACCUGGGUGAUCCGCAGCUGAGCAAGGCGGUAACACGAGACCUUAGACGCAGACUCGCUCUCACAGACGCGUGCUCGUGUUCUGUGUGUCGACUGCUAAUGCACUGGGAAAAAAAAAAACUAAACUAAAAAAAACAAGUAGACUGGACGAGGCUGUAUCCUGUAUCAGCCUGUGUUGCGCGGCGAGCCCUUUACUUUUUUGUACUCAAUCGGGUUAGAAGAACCUGACGGAGGACGGACUGGCGAUGGCUUCUCGGUGUGGCAAAACGUCGCAGAGCGGUGGAACCUGCAACGGGACAAGUGCCGAAUACCCAGGCAUCGAGCAAGAUUUGUACGACUACCAGAUGCACAUGAAGAUGUGUAAAAAGGUUGCUCAACUCACCAAGGUAAUUUACGUUUUGAACACCAAAUGUGAUGAGCAUGAAUCAAACUUGCAGACUUUGCGGGAGGCUCACCAAGAGGAGAUUCAGCGUAUUGUGGAGGAAACAAGAGAAAAGAUACUUCAGUAUAAGAACCGGGUUGGAGAAGAAAUGGACUUGCGCCAGCAGUUGCAAGCCAUGGAAGACAGCUUAGAGCAGCAUGAAAAGUUAAAGGAAGAGGCACUGUCAGACUUCGAAAUGUAUCGGAAGCAAACAGAAGAACGAGAGCUUAGAACUGAAACAGAGCAGGCAGAGCGUAUAAUGGCAUUGUCAAAGGAGAUGCUUGACAUGAAAAAAGAAUUUGAGGACAGGUUGCAAAGCUUUGCAGAGCUGCAAGAUAAGCUUAAUCAGGAGAAGGCACAGAUGAUGGCUGAACUGGAAAAGGCAAGCCAAGAAUCCAUAAGCCUGCAGGAUGAAUGUCAGAUGUUACGAAGGAGCAAUGUGGAUGAGAAAGGAAAACUUGAAGAGAUAUGCAACACAAAGACACAUGCUUUGAGAGAGGAGGUUGAGGAACUCAGAACUGAGAAGCAUAAAAUGGAGGAAAGCUUUGAGCACCAAAUCUGUACAAUGAAAGCCACUCAUGAGGAAGAAUACGAAGCCCUUAGGAGAACACUGCAGCAGACUAUGGCAGACACUUUAAAACUCUGGCAACAAAGAGAACUAGAACAGAGAAAAGCCCUUCAGACAUCUCUACAACAAAAACUAAAAAAGGCAGAAGCUGAGCUAGAGGUAAAGUGCCAGAAAUUAAAUGACUGCAAGAAGCAUUCGCUAAAACUACAAGACAGAAUCCAGGACUUGGGGGCUGAAGCAGAAGAAUCUCGACGCAAAAUUUUGGAUGCUGUAGCUAAUCAAAGGAAGGCAGAGGAGGAGCUGUCUGUGGCUAAAGAAAGACUCAUUCUGCAAGAAAGUGAGAUAUUGAAAAAAUCAGAGGAAUUGUUGUUUCAUAGCAAGGCAUCUGCAGAGGUGGAUGAUCUGCGAAGUCAGAUAUCACAGCUACAAAGACGUGUUAAAGAGCUGGAUCAGAAAAACAAUGAAAAGAGCAAUGAUCAUGCACAACACAUCAGACAGCAGAUCCAUGGUGAAGAGCUACACAAAGCAAAACAGCUUCCUGAUGAAGAAAAGGCCCGAUUAAAAGAACAACUAAUAAAAGGAUUGGAAGAAGUUACCAAAAAACAUGCAGCAGAGUUGAAAUCUGUGCAGAACACCAUGGAAGCUGAGAAACGAAAGAUACAAAAGGACCUUCAAGCCCAAUUUGAAGAGUUCAAAAAGAAGAUGGAGGAAGAAAGGAAGCAGAUAGAGAAAGAAAAAGAUGACCUUACAUGUCAACUCAAAGAGUCCCUCAUCAAGGUUUCACACCUUGAGAGUUCAAUACAGAGACAACAUAACAACCCGGAUACAGUCCUGAUUGAAACACAAGCAGUAAAGCCCAACAGAAAGUUGGAAGAAGAAGUGGAGCAGGCACGCUGCCUUAUUCUUGAUCUAAAAAAGGAGCUAGCACUUGGAAAGAGACAACAUCAAACAGCGAUGCUUGCCUGGGAAGCAGAAAAGGAAAGAAUUAAAGAACGUAUUUCAGUACUGACUGAGGCAAAAUGCAAAGAAAAAAUAAGGUCCAGCAACUUUGCAGAGUGUGCAGAGAAAAAUGAAUCACAAGAACAGUAUCUUGCAUGCCUUCUUCUGCAGAAAGAUAAAGGUGCUGAGAUAAGUGAGGGGCACAAAGGAAAGUUGGAGGAAAUGUAUUUACAGCCUGGUGGAUUACCGCUGGAUUCAAAACAGCUACUGUUGUACAAGGCUUUGAAAAAGCUGGAAUCUAAACUCUUCAAGGAGAAGGAAUUGCUACAGCAAGAGCUUCAAGACAGCAUCCAACUGAACCAUAAUUUGAAAACUCAGCUGGAGACUUUAAAUCAGCAAAUGCAAAAACAGACAGAAAACAACAAAGCACAUGCAUUUAAGGAGAUGAUGGAACACAUAUACAGAGAGAGGGAAGAAAAGCUAUUGGCAGAAAUUCAGUCUUAUCAAACAGCACUGCAGGCUGCUGAAGAGAGAGCAAAAGCAGAGAUUCAAGCUGAACGACAGCAUAUGGAAAAACAACAAAAUGUUCUCCUGGAAAACCAAAAAGCAGAACUGACACAGCAGCAUGCAGGAUGGUGCAGGCAGUUGGCCCAGAGACAUAUGAAACAGAUUGAAGACCUCCAGCUGGAGAUAGCAAAUCUAAGAAACCAAAAGACGCAGCAGCAGGAUAUAAACCUGCAGGAUCAAAUGAAAUCGCUACACAGCCAGUUAGAAGGAUGCCAGAAUGAGGUACUUACUCUGAGAAAGGAAAAUGAAAACUUGAAGGUUCAACUUGAUUCUGUUUAUUCUGAACUGGAACUCAGGAGACAGCAAACCCUUCAGCUCCAUAUAUCAGAAGAACAGCAAAGGAGGUCAUUAGAAGACAGACAUCAUGUGAUUCUGGAGAGUCUGAAACAGGAACAUCGAAAAGAGAUUCAGAGUAUUGUGACUGAUUUUAGCACUCAUCAGACACGUCUUCAAGCAAAAAUAGUAUCAUUGGAAACAGAGAUUAAAGAAAAGGAAGAAAAACUCAAAAGGAGUGAGUCCAGACUUGGGGAUCUGCAGGUCAUAGGAAAACUUCAGGAUAAACUAAAUGAGAGAGAGCAAGUUUUAAAAAUGCUUGUGGAAGACCUCAGGUUUCAGCAACACUCUUCUUUAAACAGUGAGAGCAGUAAUGUAAGAGGCUAUGAAACCAGAUCACGUGCAGGCAGCCUAACACCAACAUUAAAGAAAAAGAAAAUGGAGGAAAUACCACCACGUGUCAUCAGCGUUCCAAACUUAAGGUGUUAUGAAAAGAGCUUCAAGACAUGUGAGCCACAGUCAGGCAAGCAGUCUCCACACACAGAAAGGUCAAUGUUUCCUGACCACAGAAACAGUAUGGUGGUGCCAAUCAGUCCUCAAGCCUACAUGCCAGAGCCACAACCUCCUGCAGGUAAAUUUGCAGAAGGAGCAAACAUGGAGAGUGAAGGAGACGUUCAAGACCCUCAGCGCCAAGAAUGGUUUACCAAAUAUUUCUCAUUUUAAGAAAAAAAUAUUUUCUGUGCUUAAAAAUACAGUUAGGAACUGCUAAGAAAGCGAAAAUCCCAAGAGUGCCUAUCACUUACCUGCUGGAAAACAGGAUGCUUUGUUUUUAAAUGAACUCAUUUCAGUAUUUUUUUUUAAAUGCCAGAGUUUCAGUGUUCUUCAAGCGGUUGUAUUUAUUGUGUUAUGCUUUAAAAAAGAUUUUUGUUUUUAGGUUAAGUUUCAUCUGCCAUAUAUAAUUAGUAUCAAAUGCAUUUAUUUUCUUACUGAUAUUAAAAUGUCAAAAAAGUAAAUAAACGGAAGGGGAACUGUUUAGUGAAGCUGGCAAAGUCCUCGUCUGUACUCUAAGGUACAAAAAUGAUGUGCACGACGUAGUGACGGGAGAUGGCAUAUUGCUGUAACAGAGCUGGCCGACUGCCCUUCUAGGGGGUACUCGAGCCUUCAUGCCGGAUUUACAGAUGGCUUGGACUGCAAUGGGACCAAAGCUACAAAUCAAACACCGGGGGCCUCAUGUAUAACGCUGUGCGUUGAACUCGCACUAUAACAUGGCGUAAGCACAAAAGCCGAAAUGUGC